CUUGCAGUUCAGUCCCAGACCACCUGACGCUUCAAAAGAAUUUAUGAGCUCCACGCUUAUAUUACGGGAAUUGGCGUCACUCUUAUUUUUUUUGUAUUAGACUAAGUGAGGAAGGAAACCAAAAUACGCUCAUGUCGAAAAUGUACACCUGUUAAUUACCUGGUUCGUGAAAGGUAAUGGCAGCCAGGGACUGGCCAGCUCCAGAUCCCUGACCUGCAGACGGGCGUGUCCCGACAGAGCCGCAGACACACGCCCGGGCUGAUGAGCCAGGAACAACAGUCCAAGAGAGAGCUUUGUUCUCAAACCUGUAUCUACUCUUUGAACCCACAUGGAAAUAAUCAGAGCACAUAAAGUGGAACUCAUCGGGUGGUUGAGAUCUGACCCAGUUCCCAUUCUUCAGCACUGCCACAGCAAGAUCCUUACAGACCGAGAGUAUGAUAACGUCAAGUGUCAACAGAACCCUGAGCAGCUGGUCAUCGAACUCUUGGACACAAUUCUGAGAAAAUCAGAUCAAGCAUGUCAGGACUUUCUAAACAUCUUGAAAUUGGUCACGGACUCCUACCCACAACUGGAAGCGUGGUUAUGCAGGAUUCAAGAAAUUAAAACAGAUGCAUCCUUAACCUAUGAAGAAUCACAAGUUGGAAUCACAAACGAGGUUGAUGCUUAUAAAAUGACAAGCAUGCCCAGGGGCUACUGUGUGAUAAUAAACAACAAGGACUUUGAAAGAGCAAGGCUGAAAUUUCCUUCACGACCUCUGAAUGACAGAAAAGGCACAGAUAUCGAUGCUGUGAGCCUGAUAAAGGUCUUCAAGUGGUUGCAUUUUGAAGUUGUGCUGUACAAUGACCAGACAGCAGAGGAAAUCCAUUCCACUAUGAAGAGGUAUAGCCAGCAGGACCACAGUAGCAGGGACUGCUUUGUCUGCUGCAUCCUCUCCCAUGGAUUGAAGGGAGCCAUUGAGGGAACCGAUGGCUGUUCUGUCUCCAUUCAGGACAUUACCUCCUAUUUUACUGGCAGUUCGUGCCCUUCUCUUAAGAAAAAGCCAAAGGUUUUUUUCAUCCAAGCUUGCCAGGGGCAAAAAAUCCAAAUAGCUGUGGAAAUCCAGGCAGACAGUGGAGGUCCUGCUUCACAACCGGAAACUGAACCAGAGCCUGAAGCAGAUGUCAAUCAUGUACAGCAGUACACUAACAUAGCACAGCAGAUCACCAGCCCUAUACAGCAUGUCUCCAGGUUUCUGCAACAAAUGCAUGAGGUUACCAGCUCUGUACAGCAGGAACAGCAGGUCACAAACCCAGUACACCAAGUAGCCUGCCCUAUAGAACAGGUCACUUACCUUCUACAUCAGAUACAGGAGCUCACCAGCACAGAACAGCAGGACACCAGCCCGGUCCAGUGGUUCUCCAGCUUUCUACAGCAGUUACAGCAGGUUACCAGCUCUUCACAGCAGGUAGCUAACCUGGAACAGCAGGUUGUCUGCCCUGUACAGCAGGUCACUGUCCUUCUACAGCAGUUACAGGAGGUCUGCCAGCCAGCACAGCAGACCACCAGCCCAGUCCAGCAGAUACAGCAGGUCACCAGCCCUAUAGAGCAGGUCACUGUCUUACUACAGCAAGUACAGUCUGCUGUUGACAAUAUACAGCAUGUCGACAGACUUCUACAGCUGGUAAAGGAGACCACCAUCCCAGCACGACCGGCUGUCAGCCCCCCACAGCAGUUUGUGAGCCUUGCACUGCAACCUGCCAGUCCUCCACAGCAGUUUGUGAGCCCCGCACUGCAGGCUGCCAGAACUCCACAGCAGUUUGUGAGCCCUGGACAGGAGGUUGCCAAACCUGUACAGAUGGACACCAUCCCGAGGCAUUCAGACUUCCUCCUUGGCAUGGCUACAAUGGAGGAUUACUUCUCCUACAGAAGCACCUCCAAAGGCUCCUUCUACAUUCAGGCCCUGUGCAGAAAUCUUGAACUGCUCUGCCCCAGGAAUGAAGACAUUCUGAGUAUCCUGACCACAGUGAACAGAGAACUGAGCAGAGAAAACUUUAUGAACAGCAAGCAAAUGCCAGAGCCGAGAUAUACCCUGACGAAAAAGCUCUUCUUUCCUGCGUCUUGACAGCCCUUGGAUAUGCCCUUAUUGGUUGUUUAUGUAGAGCAAAACAGUUGUUAACAGUCUUAUAGCUAAGAGAAAAACACAAAACUUACCUUAUACAGUAGGCAUUUUUGCAAUUAUAUUUUAUACAUUCUAACCUCUUAUAGGUUAGAAUGUAUAAAAUAUAUAUAUAGAAGGACCAGCACAAAUUAUGGCAAUAACAAGUGAUUUACAGCAAGACUAAAUUAUUGAACAGGAUUAUAUUAGCCAACUGGGGCUGCAAAAUCCCAGUUGCCUAGCAGCAAGGCAAUUAUUGUGCAAGGUGGCUUAUGUAAGCUUAAGACCAAUGCAAAGUACUCAACUCGCACAAAUAAUGAGCUGCAAUCAUGAGAAUGAGGAUUGCAAUGAGCGCUGCCUGUGGAGCGGGCUAUUUAGCGGCGCACUUACAGCCCCUCUGAGGUGAGUUAGGACUAGAGAGAGCAGUAAGUGCUGUAUGCGAUUUGUGGAGCACGAAAAAUCAAACCAAACAAAAUAAAUCUGUCAGAGGAAGGGCAGCAAAGUCCUCAG